AUGCAUUGCCAAUUGCAUCUCAACAAGUUUUGCUUGCUGUGCCAGUGGCCUCCAAGGCAAGAUUCUUUGAGAACAGAUGCCAAUGACGAAGCAUCUGUCGUGCAAUCGCUCAAAGAUCAGCUUGCCCGAUCAGAGGCAGAGGCUGCCUUGAGACACAGAUCUUCCCAUGAGGCUGCAAAUGCCUUCCAUUUAAAGUCCAGAGAGGCUGCACUGGAGGCCGAGGUUGCCCGUGCCCAGCGAGUGGCAGAUCAAAUGCAACAAAAUCUGUCCAAAGAGGCUGCGCUAGUAAUCAACACACAUGCACUGCCUCCAGCAGUGCACUGGGGAAGCGCCGCGAAAGAAGCCUUACCAGCUGCGAUCAAGAAGCUGCAAUGCAGCCGCGCUUUUUUGAUGGUCAGUGGAACCUUGCGGUCAGAAGGGGGCGCAGUUGACGAGAUCGUUGAUGCUUUGGGCGAGAUGUGCGUGGGAGUUUGGCAUGGUAUGCCGGCACACACGCCUCGCGAUGCAGUGCUGGAUGCUGCUCAGGAGGCGAAAAAAGCCAACGCAGACGUAAUUGUGACCAUUGGCGGUGGAAGUUUGACCGAUGGAGCCAAAGUCGUGCGCAUUGCGCUCGAAACUGGAGUGACGGACGGGGAGAGCCUUGGUCAAUAUUGUUUGAAAGGCGACAUAGCAGCGGUGAAGGACACCAAGCUCAUCCCGCAGGUCUCCGUCCCCAGCACCUUGAGCGCCGGCGAGUUUGCCCCUUACGCCGGAUGCACUGAUCCAUCCACCAAGGUGAAGGAGACCUACGUUUGGCUUGAUGCACUUCCCAAAGCCAUUGUGUUGGAUCCAUGCCUGGUGCAACUCACCCCAGAGUGGCUUUUCUUGUCCACAGGCCUUCGUUCUGUGGACCACUGUGUCGAAUGCCUGUGCUCCUUGAGUGGAAACCCCUACAGCGACGGCCUUGCAUCGGCAGCUCUCACCUUGCUGGUCCGUGGCUUGCGCGGUGUGAAAAAAAAUCCAACAGACCAGGAUGCAAGAACUGACUGUCAGCUGGGUAUUUUCCAGGCAGUUCAGGCAUGUCAAAGUGGUCCCCAAAUGGGAGCUUCACAUGCCAUUGGCCACAUCCUGGGUCCUGCCUUUGACGUCCCUCACGGCUACACCUCCUGUGUCGCUUUGCCUGCUGUGCUGCGGUGGAACGCAGAGGAUGCUGACAGCUUGAAGCGUCAAGAACUGGUCGUAUCAGCCUUCCAAUCUGCUGGGGUCAAGAAAUCGAGCGCUGCAGACUGCGUCGCUGGGUUGGUGACUGACUUAGGUCUUCCUUUGUCGAUGGCAGACGUUGGAGUUGCCACGACUGAUUUGGAGGACUGCGCAAGACGUACCAUGAAUGACCCCUUGGUGCAAACCAAUCCGCGGAAGAUCAAUGGCUGGGAAGAUGUGAAGUCCAUUCUUGAGCUGUGUGGGCCUUUCGCUGAGCCUGAAAAGGCAGCCUAA